GAUAUAAGAUUGAAUUUAUCCGCUCCAAAGCUUGCUUCUAGUCUCUACCGUUCUGUUACUAGUUCCAGACGCUCAGAGAUGUCGAAACAAGCUCAAGAACUAGCUGUUCUAACCCAAGAAGGGGAGACAUCCUCCGACACUGCCGCCCCCACUGGAGCUGUCAGUUUAGCUUUCCCCGAAGGCGGCCGUGAUGCAUGGACUUGUCUUCUGGGCUCGUUUUUGAUCAUGUUUCCCUCUUUUGGGUUCCAAACCGCGGUUGGAUCCGUGCAGGACUAUAUCAGCGUGCACCAGCUCGCUCACUACAGCGUCCGGGAUGUCGGCUGGAUCACCGCCAUCUUUGUGUUUCUAGCCCUCUUCCUCGGGGUGCAAGUGGGCCCUCUCUUUGAUCGGUACGGGCCGCGGGUUUUGCUUGCGUGUGGCUCCAUCGGGAGCUUCCUCUCCUACCUCCUCCUCGCGCAAUGCUCCCGCUACUGGCACUUCAUCCUCUGCCUCGGCAUCCUGGGCGGCAUCUCCACCGCAAUCGUGACCACCGUCGCCAUCAGCGUCCUGAGCCACUGGUUCCACCGCCGCCGUGCGCUGGCGUCGGGCAUCUGCAUGGCCGGCUCGUCCGCCGGCGGCGCCAUCUUCCCGCUCAUCCUGCGCAAAUGCUUCAGCGACUACGGCUGGACCUGGUCUCUGCGCAUCAUCGCCUUGAUCGCCCUCGUGUGCUACUCCCUGGGCACGGUGUUGGUGAAGGGCCGGCUGCCCGUGAGCACCCACAGUCGCGUCACGGUCGAUUUCGCGGUGUUCCGGUCCCCGCGCUUCUGUUUCCUGGCUCUCGCGGUCUUCGCCUUUGAGUUUAUCAUCUUCGGCUGUGCCUCGCUGCUGCCGACGUAUGUGCGCUACGCCGGGCUGGAUCUGGAUAUUCAGUUUUAUUCGCUCACCGUGAUGAAUAGUAUGAGUCUGCUGGGACGCGUGCUGCCGGGCGUCGCGGCGGAUUUGUUCGGCAGGUUUAAUGUUCUGCUGUUCUUGAUGGUGGUGACGUUGCUGGUGAUGAGUGCAGUGUGGGUUCCCUUUGGGGAUCGCAGUGCGGCCACCCUGUAUACGGUCGUUGGGAUUUUUGGGUUUGGGUCCGGGGGUUGGAUUUCGUUGGCGCCCGUGUGUGCGGGCCAGUUGUGUCGGACGGAGGAGUAUGGUCGGUUCUAUGGGACCGUGUAUAGUGUUGCGGCGUUUGGGGGGUUGCUGACCGUCCCGAUUGGCGGGGAGUUGCUGCAGACGACGACGCCGCAGGUUUUGGUCGGGUUUUAUACUGCCGUGCUGGUGGUGGGGUUGGUGAGUGUGGCUUGUUCGAGGUGGGCCUUGUUGGAGUGGAAGUGGAGGUGGAAGGUGAAGAUCUAGUUUGGAGGUUUGGUAGGCUAGGUUGUAGUUCUGGCACUAGGAGUAUAUAUACACGGUAGCAUAUACGGGCGUUACGUCUCGUCCUUGAUUGUCUGAGUUAUGGCUCGCUACUUGGAACCUGUGGGCAUGAUGAAAUGGACACUGGGCCCGGUGUCUAACAUGCAUUAGUUCAUCACAAUGGAGAUG